AUGCGCCCCCAAACGAGGUUCUUGCUUCUCAUCUCUCUUGUCCCCCUCUAUAUAAGCUUCGCGGUCUACUUCGGCCUCAUACCACAAGCCAUACUGUCUUCCCUUCUCAAGCUCGCCAACAGCAAUCUACGCCGAGCUCAACCGAUAACCAGACCCGCCACUACCAUUGCAUCUCACAGUAAUAUGGGCGUUAAGAUUGUCCCCAGACCCAGUCAGCAGCGUGGCCAUGCCGACCAUGAUUGGCUCAAGACCUUUCACACCUUCUCGUUUGCUUCCUACCACCACCGUGACCAUGAACAAUUCGGUGCCCUUAGAGUGAUCAACGAGGAUCGAGUAGCCCCGCGAACGGGCUUCGGUACUCACUCUCACCGUGAAUUCGAGAUCUUCUCGUAUGUUGUCGCUGGGCAGCUUGAGCACAAAGAUUCGAUGGGAAAUACGGAGAUUCUUAAACGCGGCGACCUCCAGCUAACCUCUGCUGGGACUGGCAUCUCGCAUUCCGAGAAAGCCUAUGGCUCUAAACAGGUCCAUUUCCUCCAAAUUUGGUCGCUCCCAUCUGUCUCUCGCCUCACCCCCAAAUGGAUUGGGACACACUCGCUUUUUGGAUGGAUGAUUUGA